AUGUGCUGAUGUUGAUGCAAAUUGAGCAUUUUGUUCCAUUUAGGUAGAUGGAUAUGCUGAUAUCUUUGCUUAAUGAUGUGUUAGACAUUUCAAUAAAUUGGUGCUAAUUUUCACACUUUUGAAACUGUUGCAAAUUAUGCAUCUGUGAAGCUUUCUCCUCAUGCAUGCCUUUCCUCCCUCAUCGCUACUUGCUCAUGUCCAUCUCUCCAAUAUACUCGUAAUUAUUCAUUUUUGUGUAUAUCACUGCUGUUUGUAUUGUCAUUAAUAUUUCAGCGUUCUUUUGGUAACUCUUUCUAUGCUUCAACACUUUGAAUUAUUUUGUUACUGAGAUCAACCUUUCCCCCUUAGCCUCCAGUUUCCUACUUGACCCCUUUCUUUCCAACCUUCUUUAGUACUGGUGUGCAUGAUUUUGCCUUCAAUCUCUCCUCAUCUGCAUCAUUAAAGCAUAUAGAUACCAUCAUUAACAAGGGGCAGCUUUUUAAAAUAGAAUAGGAUGAAUGGGGUUAUAUGACUUGUGGGGAUUAAAAAAAGGAAUAAGAAAACUUAGAUUAGAGUCACAUAUAUAAUAAUCUUAUCAUUCAAGAGAAUAAUCUUUUAGAUGUUCUAAUGUUUGAGUUCCCUGCAGAUGGGGUUCUUGGUGGUAAUAAAAAUUCUGAGGAAGAUGUCUCCCUGCUUGUGCUCUGCUUAGGUAUCUACGGAAAAUUGGUCCCCAUAUGAGACUUUCCUCCUUGAUGCAAUUCCAGUGAACUGAAUUUCUUACGUGACCGAGAAUGCUUCAACUGCACCAACCAACAGUGAGGAGUCGUUCAUGCGCUCUCCUCUUCUCUUUCAAGUGUCUCUGCUCACCUGCUCCCUUUUUAAAACCCUAAAUUAUCAAUCCACCCGUUCCUACUUCUCACUCAUUUAGUAUUUAUCCACCCGUGUUCCCCAGUUCCGCAAUAUGCGCACGCCACGAAAUACAUGGCCCUUUUCUUCCUCUCCGCCCUCGCGAAUCUCCGCGGCGACCUCCUCAGCCGCCAUGCGCUGCUUCUCUAUGCUGCCACUUGGACGGCCGUCGUCACCGGGGCGGUGGCACUGGCGGCGUUCACUCCGGAGCUUGCGUUCGUGUGGGCCGUGUCACCGUCCUCGCCCCUCUCACAAGCGUGUGACGGUCUGGGCCCGAUGGCCUUAGUGGGCCCAGUGGGCCUCCCCCUCGAUGGGCCCCCAUGGGAGAUGGUCUGCGUCCCAGCCCACCUCUUCGACCGCUCCAACGUCGACAUCUUCAUCCCCCCGUUGUUCGCCGUCGUGGUUGUCACGGUCGCGGUGUGCUUCACACGAGCUAUUGGGAUUUGGGAGGAGGACGAAGACGAGGAGACGAGCACGUGAUCGCUACACGAGAGCUCCAUUCUCCAUUCGUAGUGUAUAAACAGAUAGAUGGCUCGUUGCUAUGUUACGCGGCAACGGAAGCUACGGUGUCUGUAUAAGCUUUUAGCUAAUGAGGAAAAAAUUUAAAUGGGAAGCGAUCCAUCAAGGAACGUUGGAUACAAAACAAACAAUAGAGAAAAAGUGCUUAUUCGAAAGCUUAAACCUUAUUUGUGUUACCUUGUUUGGUGGGUAGAGUCCAAACGCAAUAGAGAUGGACUAUGUACAUAUUUCGACCCUUUAAUGCUUGAGCGCAGUUAUGAUAUCUCUUUUA